AUGGGCCCUUCAACAACUUUUAAUGGACAAGCUAUGCAACCGAACAACGAGCAGCAUCUUCAAAACCCUCGAAAAAGCAUCGAACCUGAUACGCGAACAAGAAGAACUUCGUUGGCUGUUGCAUCCGGGGGCCAACCCAUUUUGCCGGGCUCCUCACGAUCUUAUGGCACGCCAGUCCUUUCAAUAACUACGACAAUGCCCGCUCCCUCAUCAUCAACAAGAGUUUCAAGCCCCUCCAUUGACCACGACAAUGCCAGCUCCCUCAUCAUCAACAAGAGCUCAAGCUUCCCCAUCAAUUGCAAGACCUCAAGCCCAUCAAUUGACCACGACAAUGACAAGAGCUCAAGCUCCCCCAUCGAACACGGCCCUGCCAGCGGUCACCAAAAGAAAUCGAAAACAACAAAUGGUCAUCCACAACAAAUGGGGAACAAAACUUCCGCCACAGGGAAAAAGACUUCGCGAGAGCAAGAAACUGAGGUUACUCCAGCAAACCAGCGAAUGUCGAUCCCGAUUGAUCGAAUCCUUGGUGCUGCUCCUGGCAAAUACACUGUUUCCUUUUCGAAAUUGCCAGAAGUGGGUUCGUAUGAUGACGAUUUCGAUAACCAUUAUUACCACUAUUUUGACGCUCAAAUCGAAGCUCUUGAUGCGAAGAAAGCGGAGUCAGAGAAAAAAAUGAAAGUGUACAUGCUCAGGAAUGAAGAAAGUUUGACUAUGUUGAGGAUGGUCUUGGGAGAAAUGCUCCAACAGUUCAUCGCUCUGUCACUGGACACUUCCUCGGACGCACGACAAAGCCUCGAAAACUAUGUAAAGACCAAACAGAUUCGCCAUUCCUCCAUGAAGUCGUUAGAAUUCGCCCCAAAAUCGCAAUUUACUGAAGAGAAAGUCAAAGUUGCACGUGAAACAGAGCAAACAGCCCAAUCGACCAAGGAUGAUGUCCCAGCGUGCGCCACGCAUAAUUUAAUGUGUGCUACAGACGAGAGUAAUCUCAAUGGAACAACGGUGGAAGGAAGUUGGUCGUUGUAUACGAAAACGACCUUCAUUGAUGAAAGUACUCCCUUGAAGUACGCAAUCAGGCUCGAAAUAGAGGUUGCAAAGAUUGGUGAUAGAUACGCUAGAGACAACCUGCUCAUUUAUGAAAGAUCUCUGCCAUCGAAUAUUGCAGGGGAGCCUCUUUGGGCUGAUAUACUCGACCUUUUCAAACUGCAAGCUGCGGAGUGGGGUAUGACCGCCAGCAUUCAAGAUCCACCUACGCCUGACCCACGUACAGUUCGUGGAGAGAAGCGCAAGCGCCAACAACAACCAGAGCUUCAUGCUUCUCCGGUCAUUCUUGCGUCAAGCUCCGAGGCCUCCAAUUCUUCAAGCGAUCAAGGAAACAGUCCAACCUCUAACACGUCUACUGAUAGGACCAGUGUUUCCCCAAAACCAGUAGUAGGAGCACCUCAAUUACCAGACAAUUCAAGGCCUAUCAAACGAUCAAGAAAUGGAUAUGAGAUGGGCUUGCUAGAGGCAGGAACCGGUAUGAGGAAAUCUUCGCCUUUGGGAGUGCAAGCUCGCUUGCCAUCAAGUAUGCAACCACCCAUGGGCCGGAUCUCUCAGAAUAACCACAUGCAUCCUGCACGUUCUCCUUCCGAAAUUGUGCGAUCGCCAUCUACAACUGAGACUCAGAAUCGUAUGCCUGUGCAGGUGAGAGCUGAAGCUGAUGAAUCGUCCUUUGACGCACCAAUAACUCUUUAUAGGCAGGGAGUGCUACUCGUCAACAAUGAGAGACCUUAUCAAUACCCUAUUUCAGAACUCAUACAACCGUCACGCACAUUUUCAGCUCAGAGUAAUAUGCCGCCACCAGUGCAAAUUCGACUUUCGAGACAACCCACAGAGGCAGAACUGGCUCCUUGUGAAGAAUUUGUGAGUAGCAGGUGGAAGAGAUCUUUUCCAGUGAAAAGAAAUCGUCAUAGAGUCAGCGAAUGUGCACAUUCAAUGACUGGAUUUGACUUGAGCUAG